AUGGCCAAGACAGAGCAGUUUAAUGUUCUCCUUGAAGAGUCUUUGCGACAUUUCGUUAAUGCCAACCGGAAGAGCUCUUCAACUAACAAAAGUCCCUUUGAGCUUGUUACAAGUCAACAACCAUUGUUACCAAAUACCGUUGACAAGUACGAAGGAAAGAGUCCCCAGGCCUUCAAUUUCACCAAGGAGUGGAGGCAAAAUGCAGACAUUGCUCGAGCUUAUCUUGAGAAAGCCCCAAAGCGCAUGAAGAAGUGGGCAGACAUGGGCCUCCAGAAUUUAAGAUUCCUCGGAAAUCAAGACAAAAGACUCAUCCGCAAGUAUGAAGGGCCAGUUCCAGUCAUAGAGUGGGCAAAGCUUCAUACAAGAUUGAUCCACCAGAUUGAAGAUGCAGAGCGCAAUCGACCAGCCAUCAACAGCAAGCGACAACCGAGCAAAGAAGCGGAAGAGAGACUAGCGGAGAGAGUCAUCACAGUGUCACGGAGGCCACGCCGCGAGUUUCUAGUCAAGUGGAGGAAUCCCGGAAACGAGGACGUCGACCAGGGGAGAGUGUCAUAG